AUGGAUUGGGCUCAGUAGAAAAGUGAAGCCAAUAGAACCCAAACCAGAGUUCAUUUUAACAGAGACAUAGAAUUGAGCAAAGAUAAUGAAUUCGCAGCUCCAAGCCGGUUCGAGCCGAGCUUUAUUAGUGGUUCCGGAGCUGGUUUUGAGGCCGAGCUGUGGCUCGUUGGGUCGGCUCAAUCGGCCGGGAUCAUGGCCGGGAGCCCGCCGGAAAGCGGGUACAGGCAAGGUCUAUGCAGUGUCGAGGAAGAAUCCGGUGAGCAUGAAGCCCGUGGAGAAGGUUGCCACGGUGACGGUGAAGGCGACUGUGAAGGCGACGGUGGGUGGGGUGUUGAGGAAACUUGGCUUGAGCGGAGGGUUGGAUGCUAUCUUGGAUGUGUUGGGGAAGUCGGUGAGGUUGGAGCUUGUUAGUGACGAGUUGGAUCCUCAAACGGGGCUUCAGAAGCCGACGAUAAAGGGGUAUAUACACAGGAGUGCAGCCGACGAUGACUUGGUGGUCUAUGAGGGUGAGUUCAAAGUGAGCUCUAGUUUUGGGGCAGUGGGCGCGGUGUUGGUUCGGAAUGAGCACCAGAAAGAGACGUACUUCAAGAGCAUAGUGCUUGAAGGAUUCGAUCAAGGCCCUAUCCAAAUCACAUGCAACUCAUGGGUUCAUGCCCACUGUGACAAUCCCCAGGAUAGGGUCUUCUUCACAGACAAGUCGUAUUUGCCACCGAAGACCCCAGCAGGGUUGAAGCAGCUGAGAGAGAAAGAGCUGGAGACGCUAAGGGGAAAUGGGAAGGGGGAGAGAAAGGAUUUUGAGAGGAUUUAUGACUACGACAAAUACAACGAUCUUGGCGACCCGGAUGAGAGUGCAGACACUACAAGGCCUGUCCUUGGUGGCAAGUACCAUCCUUAUCCCAGGCGUUGUCGGACAGGACGCCCUAUGACCCUUAGAGAUCCUAUGUCAGAAAGUAGAGUGAAGAGUACAGCAGAUUCACCUUAUGUCCCAAGGGACGAAGCAUUCUCGGCAUUGAAACAGGCACAAUUCACAUUGAAGACCUUGAAAUCCGUCCUACACGCGCUUAUCCCUGGUGUCGAGGCUCUUGUAGUAGACAAAAACAUGGGCUUCGACUUCUUCACAGAUAUUGAUCUCCUCUUCAAAAAGGGGGUUGAAUUCCAAAGGAAAGAUGGGGAUGGUAACGUACUGAGCUCUUUGCUCCUCCCGAGGCUUUUGAAGGCGGUCGCAAAGGGAGGAAGCGAACUCUUGCAAUUCGAGAUUCCAGCCAUUAUGGAUCGGGACAAGUUUUCGUGGAUGCGCGAUGAGGAAUUUGCACGUCAAACAAUUGCUGGGAUCAACCCAUAUGGAAUUCAAUUGGUUAAGGAAUUUCCCUUUGUGAGCACAUUGGACCCGAAGAAAUACGGCCCAACUGAAUCUGCAAUAACGAAGGAAGUCAUUGAGCGAGAAAUAAAAGGAGUCAUGACAGUUGAAGAGGCGGUGGCACGGAAGAAGCUGUUUGUUCUAGACUACCACGACAUACUCAUGCCUUACGUGAACAAGGUGCGGGCUCUAGAGGGGACAACCCUCUAUGCCUCCCGGACUGUCUUCUUCAUCACCCACUUAGGCACCCUACAACCGGUGGCCAUUGAGCUUGCAAGGCCACUCUCUGAGAGUGACGAUGCCUGGCGCAAGGUGUUUACGCAGGGAAUUGAUCACACGACCGCGUGGGUGUGGAAGUUGGCCAAAUGCCAUGUUGCUGCACAUGACUCUGGCAUUCACCAGCUAGUCUCACACUGGUUGAGGACACACUGUUGCUGUGAGCCAUACGUGAUCGCGGCUAACCGUCAACUGAGUGCCAUGCACCCAAUAUAUAGGCUGCUGCAACCCCACUUCCGAUACACGAUGGAGAUCAAUGGCCUAGCUCGGCAGAGCCUGAUCAACGCAAAUGGGAUCAUUGAGUCGUGCUUCUCGCCUGGGAUGUACUCCAUGGAACUUAGUUCAUAUGCUUACGAUUUGACAUGGCGUUUCGACAAGGAGGCCUUGCCUGCAGAUCUCAUUAAUAGAGGGUUGGCCGAGGAAGAUCCGACAGCGGAGCAUGGCCUCAAGCUUGUGAUUGAGGACUACCCUUUUGCUAAUGACGGCCUCCUUAUAUGGUCUGCGAUAAAGCAAUGGGUCACAGACUACGUUUCCUACUACUACUCCGACCCUGGCUCAGUGCGAUCCGACACUGAGCUCCAGGCUUUUUGGGAAGAAGUGAGAACCAAGGGCCACGAAGACAAGAAAAAUGAGGCCUGGUGGCCCGUAUUGAAAACCAAUGAUGACCUCAUUCAAGUUCUAACCACCAUCAUGUGGGUGGUUAGCGGUCACCAUGCCGCUGUAAAUUUCGGUCAGUACCCUUAUGGGGGCUACUUCCCCAACCGCCCAACUAUUGCUAGGAACAAUUUGCCAGUAGAGGAUGAGGGUUGCGAUGAGUUCCGGAGAUUCAUCGAGAAACCAGAAGUAGCAUUGUUGUCAACUUUUCCUUCUCAACUCCAAGCAGCAAAGGUGAUGACUGUACUAGAUGUGUUAUCCUCUCACUCUCCAGAGGAGGAGUAUCUGGGUGAUCAGGUGGAGCCUGAAUGGGCCUUAGUGCCAGAAAUUAGGGCAGCUUUCGAGAAGUUUAAUGGUAGGAUGAAGGAGAUAGAGGGUAUCAUAGACCAGAGGAACACUGAUCUUGAAUUGAGGAACCGAACAGGCGCCGGCGUGGUGCCAUAUGAGCUCUUGAAGCCCUUCUCUGAGCCUGGAGUCACUGGAAAGGGUGUCCCAACUAGCAUUUCCAUAUAGAGGUUGAGCUUUUGGUCAUUGAGGUUCAGUUUCCUUCAGUUCGAACCUUUUUUAGCCUCGUGAUUUAUGGUACUCGUAAGGGAGAAGGAAUAAGGAAGAAGAAAAGAAAAAAGAAGAAAACCUAACCAAGGGCUAUAAUCCUUUUCAACUGUACUCUCUAUGGUAGGUGUCUGUUUGCAAUUUGUACUUAUAGAGUUUCUAGCUAAUGAAUAUGCACUUCACUUUUUGCAUUGAA